AUGUUGAAGAGACGCCCUGAUAUAUGGAACAGGAACAAACUGGCCGCAAAUGGGCGGUCUGGGGGCAAUUCGGGGAAGGAUGCAAUAGCAGCCGUUGGGGCAGGAACCAGUGCGGCGUCUGCCAUUACAAUGGCUGAUUCGGAGACAUCAGACACAGUUUCGGUAAAUGGAAGGGCCGGUGGAUCGAGAACUGGCAGUAAGGUGGACUCUGACGCGGCUUCCACGGCGUUUGGGCUUAUCUUUAACAAGCUCAAGAGCAGUAAUGCGCAAGAACGAGGAGCCGCGUCCUUCGAGCUCAAAAACAGCCUUGUCUCAAUGGCACGCGAGCUGUCUACAGAACAGUUCCAGCGGUUCAGCAAUGAUAUCAACAACAAGAUUUUCGAGCUCAUACACGGAGCGAGUGCGAGCGAAAAAUACGGAGGGAUUUUGGCGGUCGACGUUCUCAUAGAUUUUUAUGCUCAAUCGGACGAACUGCCGAAUCAGACGUCACGACUCGCAAAUUAUCUGCGAGUGUUGGUUCCUUCGAGCGAUGUCGGAGUGAUGGCUGCAGCCGCGGCGACUCUGGGCAAACUCGCGUCGCCUGGAGGCACUUUGACAUCAGAUUUCGUUGAAUUCGAGGUAAAAACGUGCAUAGAGUGGCUGACUACUUCUCCCGAGAACUCGUCUUCAAACUCCAAGCAGGAGUAUCGAAAACACGCGUCUUUACUCAUCAUCACCGCCAUUGCGCACAGUUCGCCGUAUUUACUGUACCCUUACAUCAAUUCUAUCCUCGACAACAUCUGGCGUGCUUUGAGAGAUGGAAAACUUGCCAUUCGCGUGGACGCUGCCGAUAUGCUAGGAAGCUGUUUAAGCAUUAUUCAGGAUAGAGACUCCAAACUAACCAAAAAAUGGUUUCAACGAUUACUCCAGGGUUGCGCUUAUGGGCUCCAAUUGAACACCAACGAAUCUAUACACGGGACCUUACUGGUGUAUCGCCAACUAUUGACGUUAAGAGGCACGCAUUUACAAGAGCAAUUUGAUGAAAUAUAUGACACAACGAUGAGGUACAAGGACCAUAGAUACAGCGUUAUCCGGAAGGAAAUUUAUUCGAUCUUGCCCCUACUGGCCGCUGCGUAUCCGGAAUUAUUUAAUGAAAAGUACCUCGAUUACACGAUGAUUCAUUAUUUGACUCUGUUGAAAAAUAUGCAUACGACGCCCUCAAACAGUUCAGACAAAGCGGCUAUUCUAGUAUCUAUCGGUGAUAUUGCAUUCCAGGAGAACUCAAAUAUUGCUCCAUACAUGGAUUCUAUCCUAGAUAAUCUAAGAGAUGGACUGAUGACUAAGUUCAAAGUACGGAGAGAAUUCGAGAAAGAAAUAUUUUACUGCAUUGCGAAAUUGGCCUGUGCUGUUGGUCCAAUUUUAGCUAAGCAUCUGAAUCAGGAUUUGUUGGGACUCAUGCUCGCUUGCCCCUUAUCGGAUUACAUGCAAGAGACACUAAUAACAAUCACCGAAAAUGUACCCGCCCUGGCACCCGUGGUCAACGAAAAAGUCCUCGAUUUGAUCUGCUUUGUUUUAUCGGGCGACAAGUUCAGAUCACCGGGGUCACCCGUACCUCUAAAAGAACUCGACGCCGCAAAGGCACGCAGUUAUAGAGAUCAAAUCUUCAUGCAAAAGACCGGCGAAACAAACGAUGAGACUUUAGAUGCCCAGAUGCUCACACAAGCUUUGAAAAUGUUGCAUACCAUAACUUACAAGUAUUCUUUGGCCGACUUCGUAAGGCUCAUCACCAUUUCGUAUGUCGAGCACGAAAAUCCACAAGUCAGGAAGCUUGCCGCGUUGACGUCGUGCGACCUUUUCGAGAAAGACUCGAUAUGCAAGCAAACCUCCCUCCACGCUCUCAACACUGUGUCUGAAGUACUGAGUAAGCUGCUCACGAUCGCGAUUACAGACCCCGUCGUUGAGAUUCGUUUCGAGAUAUUACGGCAUUUGGACAAAAACUUCUAUCCUCAGCUGUCUCAACCCGAUAAUGUACGGCUUUUAUUCAUGGCUCUCAACGAUGAGGUGUUUGCUAUUCAAAUGGAGGCAAUGAAAACCAUAGGCUGCCUUUCUGCCGUUAAUCCAGCUUACAUCGUACCUUCGUUGAGAAAAACGCUAUUGCAGUUGCUCACUCAGCUCAACUAUUCCGGAAUGGCAAGGAAAAAAGAAGAGAGCGCAGCUUUGAUCACAGCAUUGAUUAGUUCGAGCAAGGAUGUAAGCAAACCUUAUAUCGAGCCCAUAUUAGAUGUGUUACUUCCAAAAUGUCAGGAUACUUCUUCUGCCGUCGCGUCGACUUCACUGAAAGCGAUCGGUGAGCUUUCAGAAGUAGGAGGUGAGGAAAUGAUUGCUUUUCUUGAUCAAUUAAUGCCGCUGAUUAUUGACACAUUCCAAGAUCAAUCAAAUUCAUUCAAGAGAGAUGCUGCGCUCAAAACUUUGGGCCAGCUGGCCGCUUCGUCCGGAUAUGUCAUACAACCACUCUUGGAUUAUCCACAAUUGCUCGGGGUCCUGAUAAAUAUUUUGAAAUCUGAAAGCUCUCAGAAUGUUCGGCGCCAAACCGUACGCCUGAUCGGUGUACUGGGAGCCUUAGAUCCUUACAAGCACAGAGAAAUUGAAAGAACGUCCAAUACUAAAAUAUCCCUUGAGCAAAAUGCCCCUCCUAUUGAUGUAGCUCUAUUGAUGCAAGGAACUUCUCCUUCGAACGAAGAGUACUAUCCAACAGUUGUUAUUGCAACCCUAAUGAAGAUUUUAAAAGAUCCUUCGCUAUCAAAUCAUCACACGUCAGUGAUACAAGCCGUAAUGCACAUUUUCCAUACUUUAGGAUUAAGAUGUGUUUCCUUUUUGAAGCAAAUUAUACCUGGGAUCAUCAAUGUGAUGCACUCGUGUCCACCUUCUCUCCUGGAGUUUUAUUUCCAACAGCUAAGCCUGUUGGUAACAAUUGUGAAGCAACAUAUCAGACCUUACGUUAGUGAAAUCUUUGACGUCAUUGAGGAGUUUUUCCCGAUAACCAAGCUUCAAGUGACCAUCAUAACACUUCUCGAAUCAAUCUCGAAGAGUUUGGAAGGUGAGUUCAAGAAUCACAUGCCCACCACUUUGAUGCUUUUUCUGGAUGUGCUCGAGAAAGACAAGUCAAACAAAAAGGUUGUUUCGGUCAAAAUAUUGAAGGCCUUGAUUGUAUUUGAUUCGAAUUUGGAGGAAUUUGCGCAUUUGAUUGUACCAUCUAUCAUCAAGAUGGCAGAAUACGGUCCGGGCUCUCUCAAUAAAGUAGCGAUAGUCACUUUGGGCAGGCUCGCCAAGAGUAUCAAUUUGUCAGAAAUGUCAUCCCGCAUAGUUCAAGCUCUAAUCAGGGUCUUGAAAAGUGGUAAUACUGAGCUCAUAAAAGCUACAAUGAAUACGUUGAGCUUAUUGCUUCUCCAGCUGGGAACUGACUUCACGGUUUUCGUCCCUGUUGUUAACAAGACGCUAGUAAGAAACCAUAUCCAACACUCGGUUUACGAUCAGUUAGUCAGUAAGUUACUGAGCAGGGAGCCCCUGCCUACAAAUGUUGUAGUCGACAGAGAUUAUGAGGCACCAACAAAAGUUGCUGACGAUGGAGAUCUCCCAUCUAAAAAGUUACCGGUCAACCAGCUAGUCCUAAAGAAUGCUUGGGAUUGCAGUCAACAAAGAACGAGAGAAGACUGGCAGGAAUGGAUACGUCGUUUGUCCAUUCAGCUCCUUAAAGAAUCACCUUCUCACGCCUUGCGAGCUUGUUCCGGUUUAGCGGGGAUCUAUUACCCUUUGGCUAGGGAGCUUUUCAAUGCCUCCUUUGCUAGUUGCUGGACAGAGCUGUAUACGCAGUAUCAAGAGGAUUUUGUACAGUCAUUAUGUCUGGCGCUAUCCUCGCCCAACAAUCCUCCCGAGAUCCAUCAAACGCUUCUCAAUCUCGUUGAGUUCAUGGAGCAUGAUGACAAGCCUUUACCAAUACCCAUACCUACUCUUGGCGAAUAUGCGCAAAGAUGCCACGCGUAUGCAAAGUCCUUGCAUUACAAGGAGCUUGCUUUCAUUCAAGAACCAAGUGCGUCUACAAUUGAAUCUCUCAUCAGCAUUAACAAUCAACUGCAUCAAACCGAUGCGGCAAUAGGUAUAUUGAAGCACGCACAGCAGCAUCACGAUCUUCAACUAAAGGAAACGUGGUAUGAGAAGCUGCAAAGGUGGGAAGACGCUCUAAGUGCAUAUAAUAGACGGGAAGAAGCUGGUGAAAAUACGAUUGAGGUUACGAUGGGUAAGAUGAGAUCUUUACAUGCGCUUGGGGAAUGGGAUCAACUUUCGGAGCUUGCGGCGCAAAGGUGGGCAUCCGCUAAAAUUGACAUUAAGCGCGCGAUAGCACCAUUAGCUGCUGGUGCAGCUUGGGGUUUGGGACAGUGGGAGAGAAUUGAGCAAUAUAUUGAUGUGAUGAAAGAGCAGUCGCCGGACAAGGCGUUCUUCGAUGCGAUAUUGUGCUUGCAUAGGAAUAACUUUGAAAAAGCGGAAAGGCAUAUCUUUGAAGCCAGAGACUUGCUGGUAACCGAAAUUUCGGCUUUAAUAAAUGAAAGUUAUAACCGAGCAUAUAGUGUCGUUGUUCGGUCGCAAAUGAUUUCUGAGCUUGAGGAAGUUGUGCAGUACAAGAAACUACCGCAGGCUUCAGAAAAGAAGGCAAUGAUAAGAAAGACAUGGCACAAGAGAUUAUUAGGGUGCCAAAAGAAUGUUGAUGUAUGGCAAAGGAUUCUGCGAGUGAGGUCUUUAGUGGUAAAGCCAAAACAAGACAUGCAAAUCUGGAUCAAGUUUGCUAAUCUGUGCCGGAAAUCUGGUAGGAUGGGAUUGGCGCAGAAAGCGCUAAACUCGCUCCUCGAAGAAGGUGGAGAUCCGGAUUAUCCGAACACGGCCAGAGCUCCUCCUCCAGUCGUUUACGCUCAGUUGAAGUAUAUGUGGGCAACUGGAUCCCAGAGGGAUGCGUUGCGGCAUCUGAUUAGCUUCACCUCCAGAGUCGCUCAUGAUUUAGGCCUCGAUCCAAGCAACAUGAUCGCUCAAAACGUUUCUCAAACGGGACCUUAUUCCGCGCACCACAUCGACGACUACACCAAGUUGUUAGCUCGAUGCUUUUUGAAACAGGGUGAAUGGCGUGUUCAACUACAACCCAAUUGGAGGAAGGAAAAUCCGGAUACAGUUUUGGGCUCUUACUUGCUUGCGACCCAUUUUGACAAUACAUGGUACAAGGCCUGGCACAAUUGGGCGUUGGCAAACUUUGAUGUCAUUUCUUUGGCAACUGCUAGGGCAAAGAAUAACACUUCGGAUAUGAGCAACGGGCACGACAGAAUUGAAGAAAUUGCCGAAAAUGACGAGGGGAAGCAUGACAACUCAAGUUCCCACGAUCCAAUUGUUAUGGGGGUCGAUUCGGCUCAAGCGGCAAGCGUGCAUUAUCCUGCAGAACUUAUCCAGCGCCAUGUCGUUCCAGCCAUCAAAGGGUUCUUUCACUCAAUAUCAUUAUCGGGCUCUAAUUCUCUGCAAGACACUUUGAGACUUCUCACAUUGUGGUUCACUUUUGGUGGUAUUCCAGAAGCAGCGCAGGCAAUGCACGAGGGUUUCAAUUGGAUCAAAAUUGACAACUGGCUUGAAGUAGUUCCACAACUGAUCACGCGUAUUCAUCAACCCAACCAGACAGUGAGUAAAUCUUUACUGUCGCUCCUCUCAGAUUUAGGCAGAGCCCACCCUCAGGCUUUGGUGUAUCCCCUUACCGUUGCCAUCAAGUCUGAAUCCGUAUCAAGACAAAAAGCGGCCUUGUCGAUCAUUGAGAAAAUGAGAAUUCAUAGCUCAGUCCUUGUCGAUCAGGCUGAGCUGGUCAGUCAUGAGCUUAUCAGAGUUGCAGUCUUAUGGCAUGAGCUUUGGUACGAGGGUCUUGAAGAUGCCAGUCGUCAGUUUUUCGGCGAACACAAUACUGAGAAAAUGUUCUCGACUCUCGAACCCCUCCAUGAAAUGUUGAAGAGAGGUCCCGAAACUCUCAGAGAACUGUCUUUCCAAAACUCAUACGGACGAGAUUUGAAUGAUGCGUAUGAAUGGGUAAUGAACUACAAAAGAAGCAAGGAUAUUACAAAUCUAAAUCAAGCAUGGGACAUUUACUAUAACGUAUUCCGUCGCAUAACGAGACAGUUGCCCCAACUUCAGACUUUAGAGUUGCAACAUGUGUCGCCAAAACUUAUGGCAGCACACGAUCUUUCUUUGGCUGUCCCUGGCACGUACCAACCGGGCAAGGAAGUCGUCAAAAUAUCAUACUUCGAGCCUAUUUUUUACAUUAUAUCUUCCAAGCAAAGGCCAAGAAAGCUGUCGGUGAAAGGGUGUGAUGGCAAAGAUUACCAAUAUCUUUUGAAAGGGCAUGAAGAUAUUCGACAGGAUAAUCUAGUCAUGCAAUUAUUUGGUCUUGUCAAUACGCUGUUGCAAAAUGAUCCUGAGUGUUUUCGGAGGCAUCUCGACAUUCAACGGUACGCAACAAUUCCCCUAUCUCCAAAAUCUGGGCUUCUCGGAUGGGUUUACAACAGUGAUACGUUCCAUGUUCUCAUUCGUGAACACCGCGAAGCUAGAAAAAUACCACUUAAUAUAGAGCACAGGAUUAUGCUGCAGAUGGCCCCCGACUACGACACACUUACACUUCUGCAGAAAGUAGAAGUUUUCACAUAUGCCCUCGACAACACCAAGGGAGAAGAUUUGUACAAGGUGUUGUGGUUGAAAAGUAGAUCUUCAGAAUCUUGGCUUGAGCGGCGUACGACGUACAACAGAUCGCUUGCAGUCAUGUCUAUGGUUGGUUACAUCUUAGGUCUCGGAGAUCGUCAUCCAAGCAAUCUCAUGCUCGAUCGUAUCACUGGGAAAGUUGUUCACAUUGAUUUUGGUGAUUGUUUUGAGGCUGCAAUCUUGAGAGAAAAAUAUCCCGAAAAGGUUCCUUUCCGCCUCACAAGGAUGCUUACUUAUGCUAUGGAGGUCAGCGGAAUUGAAGGUAGUUUCCGCAUUACUUGUGAAAACGUGAUGCGUGUUUUAAGAGACAACAAAGAGUCUUUGAUGGCAAUAUUGGAAGCCUUCGCAUACGAUCCAUUAAUCAAUUGGGGGUUCGAUCUGCCUACUCAAGCCAUUGCAGAGCAAACAGGAAUAGAACUUCCUUUAACGAGUCCCGGCGAAUUGCUCAGAAGAGGUGCGAUUUCCGUAGAGGAAGCAGCCAAACUUGCUCUGAAACAAAAGGCAGAAGUUCGAAACGCAAGAGCCACUCUCGUAUUGAGAAGAAUCACAGACAAACUAACAGGUAACGAUUUCCCUAGAUCCCGUGAGCUCAAUGUUCCGGAUCAAGUCGAAAAACUGAUUCAACAGGCAACGUCGGUGGAAAACCUCUGUCAACAUUAUAUCGGUUGGUGCUCCUUUUGGUGA